CGUAAUGAGGGCGUUGGUCUUUCUACUAAAGCAGACCCUUUAGUAGUUGAAGUUUCUCUGUCGGGACUUUGCUGUUAGUGUCAAGUUCUCCUCUGUGUGUGUCUCUCUCUUUCGGUAUUCCAGAUCGAUUUGUAAAGGAUAUCUUGCUCGAUUUCCAAACUUGGAAAAUAAAGCCUGCAAAAUGAUCGUCUUGUUGACGGGUAUCAUUGUGCUGCAUCUGGCCGUCCUGGUGUUGCUUCUCAUCUCUACAGUUGUUAAUUCUUGGUGGUACUUCAGUGAUUUUCAUAGUCUAGAUAUCUGGCAGAAUUGUACAUGGCUGGAGUUCUGGACUUGCGAGACAUAUACCACGAACGAAUGGCUGCAAGCUGUUCAGGCUAUGAUGAUUCUGUCCAUCAUCUUUAGCUUUUUGUCGCUGAUUUUAUUCUUCUGCCAGUUGUUCACCCUCCAGAAAGGUGGCCGCUUUUACAUCACUGGAAUCUUCCAGCUACUCGCAGGUAUUUGUGUGAUGAGUGGAGCAGCGAUAUACACAGUGCAGUACCCACACAUUCAUGGUGAGCGCUACAGUGGCAGUUACGGAUUUACCUACAUUUUGGCAUGGAUUGCUUUCCCUUUGGCUUUGUGCAGUGGAAUCAUCUACGUCAUUCUAAGAAAGCGUGAAUGAGCUGUCGUAGAUCACGACAAUCCAAAUGUUGCCAUCUUUAGAGGAAUAAAAGAAACAUUACUGUUUUAAUUUGAAGAUGUAUAUAGUAUCUAUGGUUUAAAACCUAUUUAUAACACUUUUUACACAUGUACAUAGUAUUGUUUGCUUUUUUGACUGAAGCUCUAUUUUGCAAGUUAAUUAUAAGUGCCUACAGAACAUUCAUUUUUAACAGUUUAUUAAAAAAAUUUGCUGAAGCCAAAUUCUGCAAUAAAAUUUUAUUUUGAAUAGAAUGUUAACCAAAGCGCAUGUAUAAAUUGUAGCUAGUAGUGUUUUUUAAAAGUGGUGCAGCUUGUACAAAUAAAUUGCUAAUAGCUGACACGUUUGAAUAGUUUACUCAUGUAGAUAUAAAACAUUUACAAUUUUCAAUGGUGCUAUGUAUUUACCAUUCCUUGUGAUGAUAACCUAUAGCGAUCUCUUUCACUGGAGAGUUACUAUUUGCAAGAAGGUAAAAUAAAUGCUUUAAUUCUAAGGACUUACUUUGUCUAAAUAUUUCUGUAUGAAAGGAGGUUUUUCUUUGGCAUUGUGGAGGUUUGAAAGUUAAUAUAAGCUAGGGAAAGUGGUGUUAGAAAGUGGGUGAGAGGUGAUUUGAAUGCCCACAGUAAGACGCUGGCCAACAGAAGGAGGCUACAGUCAUUCUCUCUUCCCAUUUUGUAAUCCAAUUUUCUCCUGAUUUGUGAUCUCUUCAUUUUCACAUUUGUUCCUUCCCCUGCCUACCUUGGUCAUGCUAACUGUGACUUAAGUUUUCUUUUGUGGCUGUUAAGUUGCACUUGUGGCAAGGUGUAAUGUUUCAAAGUGCAGCACUUGGCUGGUUUUGUUGUAUGGAGUCUGGAGGGCUCCCCUUUGCCCAACAUUUGGGAAUAGCAAUCACUAUCAGCUCUGUUUCCCUGGUGAAUGGAGUGGGCACUGGACAGCAACAAAUUAAUCUGUUGGGUGCAUGAUAUCACCAACACCACUACCACACCAAGAACAAUCCCAGGCUACAGAAAUCAAACCUUUGCCUCAAAACCAAUUUCCCAUGUUCCCUUUCUCGAAUGCAAGAGUGUGGUCUCACUCCAUAUAUUUUUAUCGUUCUUCAUUUCAUCAACUUAUAGCUGGAGGUGUCAGCAAACUAGUAUUGAUAGGCUUAAUUUUAGCUGUUGAAAGCAUGCUAGAAAUUGUAAUUUAAGAUUUUAGUGGGGCAUACUAAAUGUAAUGUUUAGAACUAACAAGUAUGUACAGUUGCUGGAAAUGUAUUUUAAAAACACUAAUGUAUCAUUGUAUUGACAGUGUUCUGCCACAGAGCAGUUAUAAAAAUACAGAAAGGGACCACAAAUAAAACGCGUAAUUGAAAUAAAUGGGAACUAUUCUAAAAAGAAAUCCAACAAUGUUUUCCACAUAGAAGUAACAAUGUAUUUUUGGUUCAUUACCAUUUUUCAUUAUUUUGAAAGAGUAACAGUUACCAUGCAAUAAUAACAAUUAAAUAGGUUAAUAUUCUAAAUACAGCUGUAGUGCCCAUUUCAUGAGCAUCCUUCCUAAUGGUGGCCGCCAAACAAGAUUUCAGUUUUUAUGUGGCGUCCAUCAGCUGGGUAUUGGCUUCCUUGGCUUGUGCACAUUGAGACCGACUCUUUCUAUAAAGUUGGUUUUGUGUCUCACUGACUUCUUGUGCCUCUUUUGAUGAUAUCAUUUUCAUCAGCCUUUUAGGGAUUGAAGUAGUUUCACAUUUUCAGAAUUGUUCUUUUUUCCAGUGAUCUUGACAAAAAGCAGGAUAUUAAAUGUUUUGUCAGUGGUGUGAAAAGGCAGUGCACGCUUCAACAAGCUUAAAAUAAAAUAGUCUGUGGCUUUUGUUGAGAUUGUGAAGAUUUUCAGCCAUGCAAUGAUGUAUGAGCUUUGCUGUUUUAAAGCUGCACGCCCUUUCUAAUGUGGCAUUGGUAAUUAUUAGAAAGUUCAGUAAUAAUGACAUCAGUGGUAUCUUAUAAGAAAAACAAAAGUGUAAAGUAUGUGAAAUGGUUUACAAGAAAACCAACUUUCGUAGCAGGAAAGAUGCUUUACCUUUUCCUUCUAAAUAGCUGCCCGGAUUUGUCGUCCACUAACAAGACCCAUCUUUUUCAGACAGACACUAGCUGCAUGAGUUCCAGAUGUCAAUACAUCUGUAGCUCACUGAAAACACUGUUACUGCCUGAAGAAACUUGGUUAAAAUACAGCACAUGGUGGUGGGAUGCCUGAGAAGUUGAGAACACUGAUGUUUUCAAACAUUUUUGCUUAAUGGCUGCAUUGAAACAUCAAAACUUAGAACUGGAAACACAGUUAGCGGAGUAAUACUCUAAUAGCUGAGUACUACUACAAAUAACUGUGCAGAGCGAGAAGCCCUGCUGCAGAUGGUUGAAUGCUAUUCCAGAAAGCUGAGUUAUACUUCAGAUGAUUGAGUAUUGUUUGUUCCUAAGAGAUCAGCCCCAAGGCAGCUUUCAGCAAAAUAUUUGUUACUUUACAAGAAGUUAAAUUAUGCAGUACUGGCUAGUUUGGUUCAUAACCACUAUCCAAUGCCAAAGUUAACCACUGUUUAGAUGGAGCUGUGGAAUAAACAAGUCUGGCACUAUGCAAAAAAAAAGGAACUGAUGUACUUAUGGUUAUAUAGGCCUUUGAUCUAAUAUGAAACGCAGGUUACUAAAUUUAUUAUCCCUUUGAUGAAAUCUGUUCUUGUUUACGUAGUAAAGUAUAAUGAAGCAUGAUAUAGUACUAGUCCCGUUUGAACUGACCUCUCUAGCAGAUUUCUUUGUGUUACUGCCAUCCAGUGAAAUCUGCAGAAGGGUUUGGUGGUGGAAUUGUAUUUGAUGUGCUAACAAAAAAAAUGCCUUAUUACGUGUAAGUACAGUCAGAUGUGUUUGAUGUACUUGAAUAAUGAUGAAAAUAAAUAAUACUGGCUUAUCUGUG